AUGGAAAAUAUGACGUCACAGACUUCCGACUAUUCUGACGGUAUUACUGAAGACUACCAUUACGAUGAAGGACCCUGCAGCCUCGACCCUAACCCCAUGGAAAUCAUCACACGAACAUGCAUCCACUGCAUCAUCUGUGCCCUCGGCCUGGUCGGCAACACUCUGGUGAUCAUCACCUACAUCCGCUACAAGAGGAGCAAGACCAUGACGGACGUCUACCUCUAUAACGUAGCUGUGGCGGACCUGCUCUUUGUGGUCGCGCUGCCAUUCCUCAUCUACAACGAGCAGCAUGGCUGGUCAAUGGGGUCCGUGGCUUGCAAGAUGCUGAGGGCAGCCUACAGUAUCAACCUCUACAGUGGCAUGCUCCUGCUGGCGUGCGUCAGCGGCGACCGCUACGUUGCUAUCGUCCGGGCCAGAAGGUCCUUCGGCGCACGCUCGCGCACUCUGCUCCACAGCCGCCUCAUCUGCUCAGCCGUUUGGGUGUUCGCCGUGGCCCUAACUGUGCCCACACUCAUCUACAGCAAGUACGACGACGGCACAUGUGAGCUGUCAUUCACAGAGACAGGAACCGCGAGGCUGAUGAAGGUGGUGGUUCCCAGCCUUCAAAUAGUCAUUGGCUUCCUGCUGCCCCUGCUGGUGAUGGUGUUCUGCUACGCCAGCAUCGUGUGCACCUUGUUGAGAGCCAAGAGCAGCCAGAGGCACAAGGCCAUCCGCGUGGUCAUGGCAGUUGUUGCGGUUUUCAUCGCGUGCCACCUGCCCUACAAUGUCACGCUGCUGAACCGCACGGCGUCUCUUUUCAAGGAGAGGAGCUGUGAGCCAGAGCAGAUCAGACUCCGGGUGCUGGCCAUCUCCAGGAGCAUCGCCUACUUCCACUGCUGUCUCAAUCCCGUCCUCUACGCCUUCGUUGGGGUGAAGUUCAGGGUCCACUUCCGGCAAAUAAUGUCGGACUUGUGGUGCUUCGGCAGAAAGCACGGCAGCGCCGCGCGCUCGUCUCGCGUCACGUCCGAAACUUGCAUCUCAGGCCGCGUGUCUUCAGAUAGCUCCAACAACGGGAGGUCAUUCAGUGCGUGAUGCUGCAGCGGUUCCAUUAGCAACGAUCGCCGGCGGUACCGAAGAUGGAGAUAUUGUUGCUUGUGGUGUUACUUUGCUUUAGCUGUACAUAAGUGGAUAAGAAGUGUUGCUUAAAAGGUGGAGUGUUUGAAACUUCAGAACCCUCAGCCGGCAUUCACAAUUUACCGUUAAAAUAUGGUAAUAUAUAUAUUAACAUAGAUACUAAUUAGCUAAUUGGUGAUUUUCUUUACAGACCAAUAUAUUUUUUUAUUUUAUUAUCACAUUGUAAGAAUAUCUGCCAAUGUUGCUCUAAGAAUAGACAUUCUACAUAAAUAUUCUCGCUGAUUGAUCUUUAUUUUUGCAGAAAUAAAAAUAAUAAUUUGAAAAACAAGUCUUAAAUAUAUGUUUGAUAAAACCCCUUUUGAACAAACCACCACAUACAUACAUCUCGAUAUAAUGCUUAAUGAUGGAUUGUACUUUAGUUAUGCAUUCUCCUCCGUGAAUUAUGGGAACACAGCGGCUGACUUGGAUGUUCAGUGAUUUCAA